CGGAAAGAGUACGAUGUGUUCCGAAAAGAAGUACACAGAGUCCCGAACGCAAAAUUUGUCAAAAGCCAAAGACCUUGGUUCUGAUUGGAGAGUGUGCUGUUGACCUCCAAGAUGAGCCUGAGUCGACAGACAUCAUCCUCUGGAAAACAGCGGUCUCACAUCCCAGUGGCAGCCAAUGGCGGACCAGCAAACGCUGCAGCUGCCCUGGCUGCUGCAGGAAACCCCAACAAUUCUGACCUGGCCAGUUUGUUUGAAUGUCCAGUGUGUUUUGACUAUGCCCUCCCUCCAAUCAUGCAGUGUCAGAGUGGCCACAUAGUAUGUCAGGCGUGUCGACAGAAACUGACCAUGUGUCCAACAUGUCGUGGUCCUUUAGGAAAUAUACGUAAUUUAGCAAUGGAGAAAGUGGCAAGCACUGUCAUGUUCCCCUGUAAAUACUCGUCCAGUGGCUGUCCUGUCACGCUGCUACACACGGACAAAACAGAUCAUGAGGAGACAUGUGAAUACAGACCUUACUGCUGUCCCUGUCCCGGGGCCUCGUGUAAGUGGCAGGGAUCACUGGAGCAAGUAAUGUCUCACUUGAUGCAGCAACACAAAAGUAUCACCACACUUCAAGGUGAAGACAUUGUAUUCUUGGCGACAGACAUCAAUCUUCCUGGUGCAGUUGACUGGGUUAUGAUGCAGUCAUGCUUCGGCCAUAACUUCAUGUUGGUGCUAGAAAAACAGGAGAAAACAGAGGGACAACAAAUGUUCUACGCCAUUGUCCAGCUAAUAGGCACACGCAAACAGGCAGAGAACUUUGCAUACAGACUGGAGUUGAAUGGCCAUCGUCGACGCCUGUCAUGGGAGGCCACACCACGCAGUAUCCACGAUGGUGUACAGUCCGCCAUCAUAGCUAGUGACUGUCUUGUGUUCGAUACAAACAUUGCUCAGCUGUUUGCAGAUCAUGGAAAUCUUGGCAUCAAUGUGACAAUCUCUAUGUGCUGAGGAAGCUGACUGUGAGAAUGCGAGAUGUGUGGAAGAGGAGUGAUUUGACAUGUGAAGGGAUGUAUUCAAUGUGUUUGCGUGGGUGUGUGCCUGUAUGUGAGUGGAUGUGUUUGAGUGAGGGCGUGUCUGUGUGUGAGUAGAUGUGUUUGCGUUGGUGCGUGGGUGGGUGUGUUUGUGUAGUUGGAUGCUUGUUGAUGAAUGUGUGUGCGAUGAACUAAUGGAUGAAUAUGGUAAUGAACAGAGUUAUAAACAUGUGUGAUUGAAAGUGUAAGAAAGAAUUAAAUGAGAUCAAAAAGGGAGAGAACAAAGAAAAAGGACAUAUAAUAAUAUUGUUUAUGUAUUACUGUAGUGUCUUGAUUUUGCUGGGUUAAUUUUUUGACUUUUUUUAAAAAAAAGAAGAAAUUAUACCUAAUAUCCCUGAAAUAGUUCUAUUGAUGUGUAGAACUAAGUGUUCUAAAACUGUGUUCUGUUUUCCAGGUUUUGAGUAGAAAUAGGGAUCAGAAUGUGAAAAUCAGACAAAAAAUACCUUCAGGCAAAACGGGAAAUGUACAGUAUCAGUGCUUAAUUAGAGGAGCAAAGUCAACUACAGAUGUUGAAGAGCAGAGAUUAUAUAAUAUUGUCGCAAAGCUUGAGAAUUUUGUACACAAAUUAGUGCUGGAUAAUAGUUGACAUAAUACAUAUUUAAUGGUCCGAUGUCCUAGACAUCAUGUAAAUAACAUAACAUUAAAGUGGUUUUUCCUAAAACACUUUACUCAUUUUUUUGGGUAAACAUUUUUAGAUACCAAAUCAUAGAUGCAUUCAGUUUAUAAUGUUGAAAUAGCAAGCUGUAUAUUAAGUCUAUAUGCUAUUGUACACAUUUAAUCUGUGAUAUGUGUUGGAAUUGUCCCCUCUAUGGAACAUGCUACCUUACACAUGAUGUCUGUCAUUUUGGUAGAAAAUUGAGAGUUAUCUCCCAUUGUUGUGAUUUUGGUUGAAGUUUGAUUAAAAUUUCAUAAUUUAAAGGGGCAUUCCUUCGUUCGGACAUCAGAAACAUGCCAAAUUUCUAUUGAUAAAAUCUAUUCUUGAAUGAAGAUUAUAUGAGUUUCUGUGCCUACCAGACCUGCCUUUGCUGUAAUUAGUUCUACUUCGGAUCCAAUUGAGAAUUUUUAUGAUUUAAUACUUUUAAGCACUUUGAUUUCCCUUGAGAAUAAAACUGCCGUAUUAAUUUAAAGAUUAUGGCUUUUACUACUUGGGAAAAAUAUACAUUUCCCAUUAAAAUUCAUUUUGGAGACACACGCUUUAUUCAAACGAAGGAAUGCCCCUUUUGAACAGGUAUUAGCUUUGCGAAAAUCUCAGAGGGCUACCGGCAACAUUAUUUAUUCUGAAGACAAACAGUGCAUCUAAAUGUAGGGAAAUUAUGAAUUUUUAAAUUUUUUAUACCAAGCAUUUAUAUUUACAAUAGAAUGUUUUAAAAUAUUUGAUAUUUGAAAAAGGAAUAUAGUUGAAUCACAUAGUGGACAUCUCAACACAGCCUUCGUUUGCGGAAUAUCACCACAAAGUGGACAUCUCAACACAGCCUUCGUUUGCGGAAUAUCACCACAAAAUUAUGGUUUAGCAAAAUUAUUAAUGCUGGGUAUCUGGACUUUUAAAGCUUUGUGUUAAGCUCCGUUUCUGAAAAAGUGUUGAUGUUAUUUCAACCAAACUAGGAACGUGGUUGUAUUGUAGUACAGACAUCUCAACAUAUUCUAAAAUUACACAAACUUUCCUUUUUUUGGCUGUAUUUUUUGGAUUAAAAACCUUUGAUUUUGAGAAAUUGAUAUAAAAUCUGUUAUUUUGGUUCUUCAAUUGAUUUACAAAUUAGUCUAGAAAGAGUGAUUUUUGGUGAAAAAUUGACAUAUUCGCAUGAAUUUUUAGAAUUAGUGAUUUUGCGAAACUCUAUCUCUGUUUUGCUAUGCAUUGUUAUUUACACAUAUCUACAAUGUAUACAAUUCCAUUCAAAUUGGGGCUGCGGUGGCCGAGUGGUUAAGGUGUCCCGACACUUUAACACUAGCCCUCCACCUCUGGGUUGCGAGUUCGAAACCUACGUGGGGCAGUUGCCAGGUACUGACCGUAGGCCGGUGGUUUUUCUCCGGGUACUCCGGCUACUCCGGCUUUCCUCCACCUCCAAAACCUGGCACGUCCUUAAAUGACCCUGGCUGUUAAUAGGACGUUAAACAAAAACAAACCAUUCAAAUUUAAUUAGCAAUGUUAUAAUUACAAAUGUAAUUUGAUAGCUAUACAAGAAGACUUAGUGUGCUUCCAUGUUAUGAAAUGGAGGGUUUUUGGUGGUUUUUAGGAAAAAGUUUGACUGGAUUUUGGAGCUUAACUGACAAAGCUGGACAGAUGAGACCUGUAAUUCUUGCUUUAUAAAACAGUCCUGGUAUAAGUUUUUUAUAAGUGAUGGACCAAGAGGGUUGAUUAGGAAGGGCAGCAGAAUAGAGAAGUAUUUGCAAUGUAGCGGGACUGGACUGAGUUGAUCAUCGGUGACCAGGUAGCUCAAUUGGCAGGUCAUCCGGCUAGGGAUCUGAGGUCCCGGGUUCGAACCCCUGUCUGACCGCUACAUUUUCUCCUCUCCUUCUACAGCAAUAUUACUUUUGAGAAGAAUAUUUUUGCCAUGAUCUCUUACUUUUGUAUCUGGGCAUCACUUGUAAGGGUGAUAGAAUACUUAACACAAUGUGUAAGGUAGCAUGCAUCCUGGUUUAGUUUAUUGUUGUGAAGCGCUUUGUAUGUUUAAACCAUUAUGUCUUUGUGCCGUAUAUCGUUUGCAGACCUUUCUUUGUAGAACAACUGCUAUCUAGUCACUUCUCUGUACCCCCAUACGUUCAGUAGUCCUAUAUUACAUUUUUUAUAAUACUA